AUGACAUCUAGAAGAUAUAAAUUUUUCAAUGAAACAGACUUGAAAAUAUAUAUUAUAGGGGAUGAAGACUCUGUUGUCGGUUUUUUGCUAGCUGGAAUUGGAUUUAGAGAUGGACUUGGGAAAAAAAACUUUUUCAUUGUAAAUUCAAAAACGAGUAAAUCCGAAAUUGAGGAAGUUUUCAAAGAAUACACAUCGAAAAGUGAUUGUGGAGUUAUAUUAAUGAAUCAACAGAUAGCAGACGAAAUAAGGCACCUUGUUGAUUUGCAUGACAAAAUAUUACCAACUGUUUUAGAAAUACCAUCAAAAGACAAGCCAUUUGAUCCCAACAAAGAUUCUAUUAUACAAAGAGUAAAAUUAUUUUUUGGUGGUGAUAUUUCAAAUAUAAAAUGA